AUGGCAUUUACACCAAGAGGCGGAAGAGGAGGUGGUGAUCGCGGCGGACGCGGUGGAUUUGGAGGCCGUGGAGGAGCCCGAGGAGGAAGCCGUGGAGGCUUUGGAGGCGACCGUGGCGGCCGAGGUGGUGGCCGUGGAGGCGGCCGUGGAGCUCCAAGAGGAGGUGCUCGCGGUCGCGGUGCCCCUCGUGGAGGUGGACGAGGUGGUGCUGGUGCCAAAGGUGGCCAGAGAGUCGUGAUCGAGCCCCAUCGUCACGCAGGUGUUUUCGUCGCCCGUGGAAAAGAAGAUCUCCUCGUGACUCGCAAUCUGACACCUGGCGAAUCUGUCUACGGGGAGAAGCGCAUUUCAGUUCCCAGCUCAGAGCUUUCUGGCGUCAAUGGCGCCACUGACCCAGAUGCUCCUGUGACACAAGUCGAAUACCGUGUGUGGAAUCCUUUCCGCAGUAAGCUGGCUGCUGGUAUCCUCGGUGGUAUCAACGACAUUUUUAUGCGCCCCGGUUCGAAGGUUCUAUACUUGGGUGCCGCCUCUGGUACCUCUGUAUCUCACGUCGCGGAUAUUGUUGGCCCCGAAGGCACUGUUUUCGCUGUCGAGUUUUCUCACCGCUCAGGCCGUGACCUGAUCAACAUGGCCACCCAUCGUACUAAUGUCAUUCCUAUCGUUGAGGACGCCCGCCAUCCUCUCAAGUACCGCAUGCUUGUUUCCAUGGUCGACUGCAUUUUUGCCGAUGUUGCCCAGCCUGACCAGGCCCGUAUCGUCGGUUUGAACGCACAUCUAUUCUUGAAGGUCGGUGGGGGUGUCAUUGUCAGUAUCAAGGCAAACUGUAUCGAUUCCACAGCCGCUCCGGAGGCUGUUUUCGCGAAGGAGGUCGCGAAGAUGAGGGAAGAGAGGAUAAAGCCAUUGGAGCAGCUCACUCUAGAGCCUUUCGAGAGAGACCACGCCAUGGUCUGCGGUAUCUACCAAAGAUCUUCCUCGUAA